AAAUCUAAAAAAUUGUUCUUAAGGUGGCAUUAAUGUAUCAAAAGAUUUAAUGAUUUGACGUGUACAAAAGUGUAUAUAGUGAAUUAGUAUAUCUAUAACUGUUUUGUUGUAAGAUUACAGUUAGAAUGGGUGCAGAUAAAAAUACAGAAAAUCUUGUAAUUAAAAUCAAUAAAUGGGAUGGAUCUGCAGUAAAGAAUGCAUUAGAUGAUGCAGUUAAGGAUGUACUUACAAAAAAAUACAAUUAUAUAGAAAACUUUGCUUUACUUGAUGGAAGAUUAGCUCUAUGUGGAAUUGCUGUAACAGUAGCAAUUGUUGCUCUUCUUUGUGAUUAUUUAUAUCCUUUUCCUGCAUCCAAACCAGUUUUAGCUAUUUGUGUUACAUUAUACUUCCUGUUAAUAGGACUUCUCACUUUAUAUACAACAUACAAAGAAAAGGGUAUAUUUGUUGUAGCUAUUCAAAGGGAUCCGGCAGGUUUUAAUCCUGAUCUUAUUUGGGAAGCAAGUUCAUAUUUAAAAAGAUAUGAUGAUAAAUAUAAUCUUGUGCUAUCUGUUAGAAGUACUGUUACAGGAAAUGUGAAUGAAACUAGUGUUACAAAAUCUGUUGCAAAUUUUAUUGAUGUCAAUGGCGUUGUUAUUCCAGAAUUGAUAGAAAAUGUUGUGACAAAUAUGCAUGAUAGCUUAACUACUCAACGUAAAGAAAAGUAGCAGAAAGAAUGAUAUUCAAUUGAAUAUGAUCAUUAUCUUCUUUUUAUAACAUACAAAAAAUUGUUUUUUUUAUAUUUCAUGUAUUUCAUAUUGGUGUUAAACCAUUUUGAAAAUAAAAGUUCAAAGAUUUUAAAAUUG